UCUCGCUACCUCUGGACUCUGGAGACGCCACUGCCGCCGAUACUUCUCCAGUGCUCCCCGCUGCCUCUCGGUGCUGCCGACGACGACGUAGAAUAUCAGACGCCACCUCCCGCUCGCUCCAGCUCCCUCUCGCUGCCGCCGCCGACGCAUCAAAUCAGCCGCCAGUCCGCCACCUACCGCUGCCUCCCGGUCCCUCUCACUGCAUUUGAUUCGAGCACAAUCAUGGGAAAGAAGCGAAAACACAGCGAGGAGAUAGCCGCAGAUGCUAAUAAAGAUGAAAGUGUACAGGAGAGGCCCAAAAGAACCCUUUUGGGAUGGAAAGAUGAAGGUGAACCUGAAAAAGAAAGCGACUCUGUGGGUGUUUUCAGAAAUAAAGAGAAGGUUUUAGUCACCUCUAGCCGCCGUAUUAGUUACAGAUAUCGGCAUCUGAUGCUGAAUUUGGUGUCACUAUUGCCACAUUGUAAGAAAGACAACAAAGUGGAGUCAAAGAGCAGUAAAGGUGCAACCUUAAAUGAGCUGGUUGAGCUAAAGAGCUGCUCAUCUUGUUUGUUUUUCGAGUGCCGGAAAGGAAAAGACCUUUAUUUAUGGAUGGCCAAGUGCCCCAAUGGUCCAUCUGUGAGGUUUUUAGUCAAUGCAGUGCACACAAUGGAAGAGUUGAAGCUUACUGGAAAUCACUUGAAAGGCUCGCGCCCUAUUCUAACUUUCUCAAGCAAUUUUGAUAAAGAUCCAUAUUGGAAGCUUUUGAAAGAGAUGAUAUUGCAGAUAUUUGGAACUCCUAAGGAUCAGAGGAAAUCCAAGCCUUACCAUGAUCAUGUAUUUGCUUUCUCUAUCGUUGAUGACCAUAUUUGGUUCCGGAAUUACCAGAUCUCUUGUCCCCACAGUGGAGCACAAAAAUUAGACCGUGGAGACCUAGAGAAAAUGACCCUUGUUGAGGUUGGUCCAAGGUUCUGCUUGAAUCCAAUAAAAAUAUUUGGUGGUAGUUUCGGAGGCCCGACACUUUAUGAGAAUCCAUUCUAUGUUUCUCCAAACCAAGUACGAUCAUUAGAGAAAAAACAGAAGGCUGGCAAGUAUGCAAAGAAGGUGAAGGCAAAGACUAGGAGAAAGAUGCAUCAGCUGUCAAAUCCAAUGGAACUCGAUGAAUUUGCAGAUAUGUGGAAGGAUUGAUGAAUCGUUUGUGGAUUCACAAUUUUGGUUCCCAAUACCAAGUGGCAGCAACUAGCAAUCUCGAGAUGGCAGUGAGGAAUCAUAGUCUCAACUAUGCAAUUGGUUGCAUUUCCAAACCAGCUCUUUUACCGACCCCUCUUUACAAUCUUCUCUCAUCUCGCCAUUGAAUUGCACCAUCAUCUAUGUUGCCAUACACACUUGUUUUUGAGCAAAAUUAGUAUUGGUAUUAGAAAGGAUAACAAAAAAGAAGUAUGUGAUGUUUUUAUGCGUUUUCAGCUGCCUGCAGAGUUGUUGUAUCAUGGAAUUCACAUCACUCCAAAUUUUGAGUUUUUGAAUUUCUUUGGUG